AUGUUGAGUCGUGAUAGUUCGUGGAAAUUAGAGCUGAACGACGCGCAGGCGUCCACUAUUCGCAUUAUCAAGUGUGGUUCUGAUAUUUCAAAUGCGAAUGUCAAUCUGAACAUACCUUUGGAGGCAGGGCCUAGCGAGCUUGGUGGUGACAGGAAGUCCUCAGGGAUUGAGACCUGUCUGGCAUGGGAAUCCUACGGAGGCAGAUGCCACCACCAGCAUAGCUUGCAACCUCGUAAGAGCACACAAGCUUCUGCCCUGCGACAAAGGUACAGCCUUGAUAACGAUGACUUCUUACCAUUCUUCAUCAACUCAACAACAGGAUGUAUAGGAAGACUGGAAGUACUGGAUCGCGAAUCUCAAUCGGAGUGGAUCCUGAAGGUAGCAGCUCAUGAUAAUGGGAAAUUUGUAGAACAUUCAAGUACUGCAUUAAUACAGAUUCGAGUUCUGGAUCAGAAUGAUAAUAUACCUAUCAUCCUGAAUGAACAACUUGAUGUCUUCAUCCCAAACAGUGUUGAAAAAGAUGAUGUAGUAUACGUAUUAUCGGCACAUGACCCGGAUGAAAAUGAUGCCCUAUACUACAAUAUUAGUGGUCCGGAUGUGUCAUAUUUCCAAAUCAACCAAAGUGGUGUCAUCACUGCUACACGAAAACUCCUCAAACAAGAUUAUUCAAUCACUGCAAUAGUUUAUGAUAAUGGAAACUUAAACUCUUCCGUUGUAUUGGCGUUUUACGUGUCGGAAGCCAUGAGAUUUCCUGUUUUUGAGAAGCGCUCACAGCGGGAAUUCCUAGUUGUAGAACAUGAUCCAGAUAUGCUGGUAACAAAAUUUGUCGCUCAGUCGGUUAAUGCAUCCAGUCGGGGAAUAUUAUUUUCUAUUUUUAGUGGUGACCCCCAUCGUCAUUUUUAUCUUAAUCCUAAUUCUGGAGAAUUGUAUACAACGAGUCGAGUAGAUCAUGAAUAUCGAAAGCAGUACGAAUUGUGGAUUGCUGCUAUUGACCAACAUGCUCAACCGAUGGUUUCAUAUGCAAACUGUAUUGUGAAUGUUGUGGACAUCAAUGACAAUAAGCCUUUCUUUGAGAAGGCUUUUUAUUCUGCUUCAGUAGCAGAAAACGGUGAUAGCAAUGAAUUUAUAAUAAAAGUUACCGCUCGAGAUUCUGAUACCGGAAUGAAUGGGGAAAUUUCAUAUAGUUUGAUGACAAGUGCUUCGGAUGGAUGGAAACACUUCAAAAUCAAUAAAGAAUCGGGAGAAAUUUUUACUGUUUCUGGUUUGGAUGCCGAAUAUUUAAGGGAAUAUCAUUUACAUGUUAUUGCAAAAGAUCAUGGUAAUCCACAAUUGUCAGAGGCGGUGGUUGUGAAGAUUGAAGUACUGGAUAAGAACGACAACCCGCCGCGUUUUUCAAAUUUAUUUCACGGUAUAAUUGCAGAAAACAGUCCUUUGGGGACACCAGUACUUCAGGUAACAAUUUAUGAUGCUGAUGUGAAUAGUACUCUUAUUUAUGGUUUGGAAGGUAACUAUGCUGAUAACUUCUUGAUUGAUCAACAAACUGGUUGGAUUAGUCUGGCAAAAGAAGUUGAUCGAGAAGAAAGAAAUGAAUACUCGAUAAAAGUGAAAGCGUGGGAUGGCCUAUGGGAAGUACGGACAUCACUAACUAUCACUAUACAAGACAUUAAUGAUAAUGCUCCUACGUUCAACGAUUCAUUUUAUAAAUUUUUGGUUGCAGCCGAUUUAGAAAUCUUUGCUGAGAUUGGGCGAAUUUUGGCAUUUGAUGAGGAUGAUGGAUUAAAUGGACAAGUUCGCUACGAUUUACGAUGCGACAGUGAUUUGUUUAUGAUUGAGCCGUCUAGCGGACGCAUUUUUCCAAUAACUGCCUUAGAGCAAUACGUAAAUAAUACCGUGGAAUGUAAAGGUUUUGCUAGUGAUCAGGGAUUUCCAUCAAUGAACAGUGAUGUCAAUCUCUAUAUUUACAUCAUCGAAUCUGCUGAAAGCAACGAAACAAAGCAGCCUUACUACGAGUUUGCCCUUCCUCCCGAUACUGACCCCGAUACAGCAAUUGGUCAUUUGCCGUUGCAUAAUACAAUUGCCGUAGUGAAUGAUAGCCGAUUUAUGGUGGAUCAGGAUGGGUAUCUGUUCACAAACGCUACAUUUCCGGAAGCUAUAUUGGGACACAAGAUUAUCUUCUCUGUUGCAACUAAUAAUAAGAACGAUCCUAUGAAGACUAUCAUUUCCAUUGAAUUUAUUAAGCCAAACAUUAACCGCCCACAGUUUUCAUUUAAAAGAUACAACAUUUCGAUUCAAGAAAACUGCCGUUUGCACACAGCGAUUGGUAUGGUCAUGGCGAAAGAUCCUGACAUAGGUCUUAACGGUCUUUUAACUUAUCAUAUAAUUUAUGAUACUGACCGUUUACCGUUUACAAUUGAGCCAACAACAGGAAUUAUAUUGACAACAGGAUACGUGGAUUUCGAGGAAAUCAGUAGUUACCACUUUUUAAUAAUGGCAAUAGAUUCCGGUUUCCCUGCGCUCAACGAUACAGCAGAAGUCACUAUUGAAGUGCUGGAUGAAAACGAUAAUGUGCCCGAAUUUGAAAAUCAUUAUGUGCAGUAUACGGUAUCGGCAAAUUCGCCGGUAGGUACUGCAAUUGCGCAUCUUUCUGCUUUUGACAUAGAUUCAGAGCCAAACGCUCUUAUCGUUUACCACCUGCUUUCGGAUUCUGUUGGAGAAUUACCUUUUGCUAUAAAUGAUACUACUGGCACAUUAUAUGUGUCCUCUCAAUUUCGUUAUGAAACAGCUAGUGAAUAUGUAUUCCGCGUACUGGCCAGUAAUCCCAGAACCGCAAGUCUGGAAUAUUCAAAAUUGGCCCCAGAAAGUUCACGAAAUGGAACAUAUUCUGGUGUUCUGCAAGUUGAAAUUUUCGUGAAGCAAGAUGGCGAAUCUGAGUUAUAUUUUCCAGAAACAGAACGGAACUUCGAGAUUAGCGCUUCGGUUCUGAAAGGCACCAUAAUUGGCAGAGUGGAAGCGAUUCAUCUGAAAGGAAAUCAUUACAAUAGAAUUUUAUAUCGUAUGGCUUCAAAUAAUCUGGUUGCUAUAAAUGAUCGUACAGGAGAAAUAUAUGUGAAGGAAACUUGGAACGGGACUACUGGAAUUAUAAUGUUGCAGGUCGUUGCAACUGGCCAACUUUCGCGAAAUGCAGAUUUUAAACCAAAUGUUUGUAAAGUGUACAUCGAACGAAAGGAUGCGGAAGCACUGCCAAUAUUACUGCCUCACUACGAAUUUUCAUUAUCCGAGGAUACUGAUAGCUCAGAAAGUUUCGUUAUUUUUGAUCAUCUCCCACGAAAAUGUCGCCUUGAUAUUAUUGAAGAAGGAAUUGGAUAUAAUAUUGAACAGCCCUUCUGCAUUGUUGAUCCCGGUAACAUUCAUUUAUGCGGUCCAGUGGAUUAUAAAAAAAAAGCUGAUUAUCGUUUUCAAAUUGCCCUUAUCGAGAAUGGUGUCAUACGUUCUCGAUCCUUAGUUACGAUAACAGUGAAUGAUGUGAAUGAUAAUGAACCUUCAUUGGAUUCUGCGGCUUCUAUCGGCUAUAUUUUGGAGAAUUCACCGAUACGUACAACAAUAAUGAAGGUACAUAUGGCCGACAGUGAUAUUUUGGAAAAACAACCGUCGUUCAAGUACCGAAUUGCUGACAGAGAUCUAUCUCAGAUAUUUUUAAUCAAUGAUACCACUGGCAUAAUGUCUAGCUCUGAUGUUCUGGAUCGUGAAAAACGUUCGCUUUAUGUUGUACCGAUAACUGUCAGUGCUCUGGACGUCGUCCCUCCACUUCACGCAACUUUUCAUUUACGAAUCUACGUUGAUGAUCAGGAUGAUAAUGCACCAGAACCAGUGCCACGAACAAUAAAUUUGGGAUAUUUGGGCGAAAUUCCGGAUAUGAUUAUCCUGCAUACAUUUCCAGUUGAUGCAGACCAAGUUGGCGUAUACAGUUGCCGACUGUCCCAUAUUUCACAAGAUUUUAAUAUAUCAAGCAGUUGCGUGUUGAAACUGCCAGCAAGUUUGCUAAAAGCAGAGUACUUUCUCAGUACUCCAUUAUUGGUGGAAGCUUCCAACCGUAAUACAAAUGUAACAUUUCCAAUACAUUUACGAAUGCGGCGAGAUAUCGCUCCAAGAUCGUUACUCAGUGAUUUCGGUGUAAUUGUAGAAUUAUGGGGUGCUGAAGGGAGUAUAGCUGAUAGUUUUUCUGCAUUCGAAGAUGCAUUUCCGGAUACGAUGCUCCAACUUCUCGGUCUGCAACAUUUAGAAGUUGAUUUUUUCCGUGUUUUCGUAGCAGUUCUGGAUCAAGAUUUGGUACCAACAAGCAAAGACAAUGCUUUGAAAUUGUUGCAAGAAUUUUUCGCUGAGAAGUUGAUUUCUAAGAACGUGCAUCUCAAACAACUUGCAUUGGACAUAUGUACUCUUACUCCUGAACAAUGCGUGUACGGUAGCAAAUGUUCCCAGAAUAUAACAAAGAAUGGAGAAUUAUUCGAAAUGAUUGGCUAUAAAACAAGUUUUAUUGUUCCAGUUGUUAUUAACCAUAUAAACUGCAUAUGCGAGAAUGAUGUGGUAUGUAAUGGUAAUGAAAAUCAAGUUUGUGAGGGAAAUGGAAAAUGCCGAAAUGGUGGUACUUGUCAGGCACGUACAGGAACAUGUCUAUGUAUUAACGGUUAUACCGGAAAAUUCUGCGAGAAUGAUAUCGAUGAAUGUGAGGAUAAGAAUAUUUGUGGGAAUGGAAAGUGUUUAAAUGUAUUUGGUUCGUUUGUUUGCGCAUGUGAUGACAAUGCUGCAAAGAGUCCGAUAUACUGUAAAAAUUCCGAUAACAACAUUUGUGAUCGUUGUCACAGGGGAACGUGCGUUAAACAGGAUAAUGGACAACGUUUAUGCGAAUGUGAUGAUGGUUAUAGUGGGCGCUAUUGUCAUUUAAAAAUUCGUUGUUUCGAUGGUUUCUCAUCAUUAUUGCAAUUCCCACUUCAUCAAGAAAUUUUUAUGUUGACACAAGAAUUCAGGACUCUGAAUCCGUCCGGCUUAUUGUUGAGUUCUUACCCAGUAGCCGAAUUCAGAGAGCCUGAUUUCACAUUGGCACUACGAAAUGGCCAGAUACAUCUAAGUGGCAAUUCAAGCCAGAAGAAUGAAUUAUUGGUGGAAGAGAAAGUAAAUGAUGGAAAGUGGAGAAUGAUUCGUUUCCGAUACAAACAUCGAAGGGUGAAGUUGACAGUUGAGCACUGCGACGAAGAUGGUUUCUGUGAACCAUGCAAAAGUUCUCGCUGUGUUGCUGCAGCAAAUAAUUUCGACAUUCUAACAACCGUUGGAGAGCAAAUUGUGUAUAUUGGUGGAGUGAAAAAUUCCGUUACUUCCGCUAUUACUGCUGAACAGAGCAGUACUGCCAAUUUUGAGGGUUGUAUGCGUCAAAUUAUAAUUAACGAGCAUGAAAUUGAUAAUGUUCUCGGUUUCCUGGAGCAAAAUGUAAUUGACAAAGAUAACUGGAAAACAUGUGUAGAUGAUGGUGACAUCGAUAUGUGUUCUGGUGGUGUUUGUAUCACUGACGAGAACGAUAGGAAAUGCAUCUGUGCAGAUGGUUUCGAUGCGUUGGAUUGUCAUAAGGCAGUAGAGCCAUGGCAUGUUAAAAGUGGUGAAAUCGUUUUCCAAUUAUCCAUGUACAUGAUAGAGAAAAUUGAGCUUGCAAAGUGCAACACCUCUACGCAAAUAUCAUCUGAAGAGCAUAGGCACAGUGUCAUCGAUGAUGAGAAAGAGCAAUUGCGGGAGAUCCCGUGUGAAGAAUCAGAAAUAGAAAGCGACAUACUGGAUGACAUCCCUGCACAGUGGAUGGAACUUGACUUCAAGACUGCCCUCAAGAAUACCAUCAUUUUUGCUAUAGUUGAAGAGAUGAGAUACAGCAAAAUUGAGGUGAAGAAAUUUGGUAAAACUAUACUCAUUAACGGAUCAGCUUACAUGAUUACGAAGAUGCGGGGCGCACAGUCAAUAAAAGUACACAUUGCAAGCAAUCUUGAUGAUACUGAGUGGCAUCGUCUUAGCUUACAGAUAAGCGAGGAUCAGAAAGUUUUCAGAAUCGAGAUCGAUGGAUAUGGGAAAGAAAUUCGAUCUGAGGAGCAACUACCGACUCUAAUUUCGAGUUCCUUGUUGUCUUUGUCUUUGGGUCACAAUACUGCAGAUUACGCAGCUGCUUUUAGCGGGUGCUUCAGGCGAUUUAUUGUAAACAAUCAGGCACAAAGCCUUGAUGUAUUGGGAGGAAAUUUACUAUCACAACAAAUUUUCAAAAGUGUCGGACACAGAGGAGCUCAUAAAGGUUGUGAUGAGUUUUUGAUGAAACAAACAUCGAUUUCACUGGAAUGGAAAAUAGUCUGGGCGCUAAUCGCCAUUAUAUGCAUCAUGUUUUUCAUCUCAGUAUUUGCUGUUGUUUUAUGGAUUGUACGGAGACAAUUUCCCGCUGACCGCAUUAUGGGAAAGCGACGAAAUUGUUGGAAGCCGAAACUUUCGAGAUUCCUCCCGGUGAUAAGGUCAAAUUCAAGGACGACACAUAUCGAUGGUCACAGUGAUGUGACGGUACAGCGAGCUGUGUACUGUGGACCAAACGUUUUGCAAAAUAAGAGUGAGCUAAGUCGCAACAAGUCCAAUACAGUGGAAAGCACAUAUUCCGGUUCAUCGAAUACCAGGCAACUAAAAGCGGAUUUGCGUGAAAGUCAUGUGUCCACAUUCAAUCCGACACAACGGCAUUCAUCUUCUGAGUGUAACAUGCGGAUGACUAAAGGGUCAGAUCGACGUAGGCGAGUAUGUCCACGCAAAAUACAGGUGACAGAAGAAAAAAGCCAGGAGGGAUAUCGCCAAUCGCAGUCCAAUGAUUACAAUGAUAUUACAUAUGAAAAGCCCUUUGCACAAAGACCUCUGCAUCUCCUGAGCACAUCAAAUCUUCAUUCUCUGCCAACUGGCGUGGAAAGAAAGAAUUCCAAUAACAGUGAGACAAAUUCAGCAAGGGCACCUCAGAUAAUGCACAGUUUUGUACCAUUUCGUCCGUCUUGCACAGAAUUUGUUGAUUUCGAAGAAUCAUUCACUGAUGAUCUUGAACAUUUCAGAAAAUUCACAUGA